AUGCCGUCGGCGCCCUCCUCCUCCCCACACCGCGAGUCGGGUUCUCCUCGAGUGUCGCAUGUCGACGUGGCCAUCAUUGGCGCAGGGCCAGCAGGAUGCAUGGCAGCAGACGUCCUCUCGCGGUACACCGACCGCGGCUUGUCGGUCCGGGUCUUCGACAAGCGCAGCGCAAAGCUGGACAACGGUCAAGCCGACGGCAUCAACUCGCGCACGCUCGAGAUCUUCGAGAGCCUCGGAUUCGUCGAGAGCAUCGACAAGGAGGGUUCACGUAUGAGCGAGAUCAACUUCUGGAACCCGGAUCCCGAGACGGGCCGGCUCAUCCGCACUGGCAAGAUCCCCGACACGAUCCCUGGUCUUUCUCGCUUUCAGCAGACGAUCUUGCAUCAAGGUCGUGUCGAGGCUCACCUGCUCGAGGACGCCGCAAAACACUCGAAGGGCGCCAUCGUGCCCGAGCGGUCAAUGCUCCCCGAGUCGCUCGACGUCGACGAGUCGCUCGUGUCCGACCUGGACGCCUACCCGAUCACGCUCGCGGUCCGCCACCUGUCGGACGACGAGUCGAACCCGAACGGCUACGCCGGCGACGCAGCCGGCACCCGUAGCGGCCUGUUCCGCAGCUCGCUCCUGUCGGCCGAGGAGGAGGAGGCGCUGUACCACCAGAACGGCGCGCACGCCGAGCGGGUCGAGGUCGUCAAGGCCAAGUACCUCGUCGGCUGCGACGGUGCGCAUUCGUGGACCCGGCGGCAGCUCGGCAUCAAGAUGGUGGGCGACCAGACGACGUUCGUGUGGGGCGUCCUCGACAUGAUCCCCUUGACCAACUUUCCCGACAUCCGCAUGCGCUGCGCCGUCCACUCGGCCAACGCCGGCUCGAUCAUGGUCAUCCCGCAGGAGCGAGAUCUCGUGCGCCUGUACAUCCAGCUCCCGAUCCAGGUCCGGCCCGGCGAGCGCGCCGACAAGUCGCAGUUCACGCCCGACUUUAUCCUCGAGACGGCUCGCAAGGUCCUGCACCCGUACACGCUCGAGACCGAGCACAUCGAGUGGUACACGGGCUACCACAUCAACCAGCGCCUGACCAACUCGUUCGGCGUCCACAACCGCGUCUUCCUCGCCGGCGACGCUUGCCACACCCACUCGCCCAAGGCGGGGCAGGGCAUGAACACGUCGAUGCAAGACACGUGGAACCUGUGCUGGAAGCUCGGCGCCGUCGCGACUGGUAUCGCCAAGCACGAGCUCUUGCAGACCUACUCGGACGAGCGCCAGGUCGUCGCGCAGCAGCUCAUCGACUUUGACAAGAAGUUCUCCAAGCUCUUUUCGGGCAAGCCGUCGGCGGCCGACGACCUCGACGACGGCGUCGACCUCAAAGAGUUCAAGGACGUGUUCGUCGCCGGCAACCGCUUCGGCGCCGGCAUGUCGAUCAACUACGCCGACUCGUCCGUCGUCGGCAAGGACGGGUCCAAGGGCGGCAUCCAGUCGAAGCAGCACCUCGCCGCCAAUCUGCCCGUCGGCGAGCGCUUCUACAGCGCCCAGGUCGUCAACCAGGCGUCGGCAACCGCCGACCAGCUCACGACCCGCAUCCCGUUCACGGGCGCGUUCCGCCUCCUCGUCUUCCCCGGCGACGUGACCAAGCCCGCCGCCAUGGACCGCCUCAUCAAGCUCGCCGACUACCUCGACGGCCCCGACAGCGUCGUCAGCGAGUACACGCCCGCCAACCUGCCUCGUUGGUCCGUCGUCGACCCGAUCACGAUCCACUGCGCACCACGCACCGCGGUCGAGCUGUACGACUUUCCGCAACCGUCGAUCUUCUACCCGCACAACUACAAGCGCAUCUUUGCCGACGAGCCUUCUUAUCAUCGCGGCGACGGCAAGGCGUACGAGACGUACGGUAUCUCGAAGGAGGAAGGCGCCAUCGUCGUCGUCCGUCCCGACCAAUACACCGGCCUCGUCGUUGGUCUCGAGGACACCGACCUCCUCGACGAGUACUUUGCCCGCAUCCUGCGGCCGGCCAAGGACGGCGGGUUCCCGGCGAGCAAGGUCGACAAGGUCUCGCCGCCCGACUGGAGCAAGGUUGCGCACCAGGAGAUCAACAAGACCCUCGCCGUCGCCGAGCUCGGAGCGAGCUAGAAGGGCUAGAGGGACGGAACGAGAGCUUCUUUGGUACUGCCGUAGCGAGCCAGAUCCCGUGUGUGUAAUCACAGAGUUUUCGGCUAAACCGAG